UCAGGCCGGCCAGCUCCUCGCUCGCUCGCUCGCACGCCCCUUCCCCUCCCCUCCCCUCCCCUCCCCCUCCCCUCGGCUCCGCAAUUGCGCGCCGGGAUUGGCGCUCGUCGGGCUAUAAGAGCGCGGCAGCCGCCGCCGCAUCGCCCCGUCCCCCGCCGCGGCCGUCGAGAGGAGCCGCCGCCGCCACUGCAGCUGCCCGGCUGGCCGACGCCGCCGCCGCCACCACCAUGAACUACAGCAGCGGCGACCUGCUCUUCGCCGCCUUCGGCAAGCCGCCGUCGAGGCUCUCCUCCGCCGCCGCCGCGGCGGGCGGCCGCAGCAGCAGCAGCAGCCUGCUGUACGGCUCGGUGCCGGGCAGGGCGGCGGGGGUCCGCGGCGUCGGCGGCCGCCCCUCUUGCUCCCCGUCCUCCUUCUCGUCGUCCUACCGCAAGCUGCCGGCGCCCAGCAGCUCGCUGGACCACCUGGAGGUGCUGCUGGCCGGGGCGGCGGCGGCGGCGGGGGCGGGGGCGGCGCCGUCGAGCGCGCUGAGCAACGAGCUGAAGAUCGUGCGCACCAACGAGAAGGAGCAGCUGCAGGGCCUCAACGACCGCUUCGUCACCUACAUCGAGAAGGUGCACCAGCUGGAGCAGCACAACCGGCUGCUGGAGGCCGAGGUGGCGGCGCUGCGGCAGCGGCAGGCCGAGCCGUCGCGGCUGCAGCAGCUCUACGAGCAGGAGCUGCGCGAGCUGCGCUCCACCGUCGAGGCGCUGCGCCACGACGGCGACCAGGCGGCCCUGGAGAGCCAGCAGCUGGGCCGCGCCCUCCAGCGCCUGCGCGACGAGGCGGCCCACGAGGCCCAGCGCCGCCAGGAGGCCGAGCUGGCCCUGCGCGACGCCCGCAAGGAGGCCGACCGCGCCGCCCUGGCCCGCCUCGACCUGGAGAAGAAGGUGGCGGCGCUGCUCGACGAGAUCGCCUUCCUGCGCCACGUGCACGACGAGGAGGUGGCCGAGCUGCAGGCCGAGCUCCAGGAGGCCCAGGUCUCCGUGGAGAUCGACGUGAGCAAGCCGGACCUCACGGCUGCCCUGAAGGAGAUCCGCACCCAGUAUGAAGUUCUCUCUGCCCGGAACCAGCAGUCUGCCGAGGAGUGGUACAAGUCCAAAUUUGCCAACUUCACGGAAGAGGCGGCUCGCAGCAGCGACAGCAUCCGCCAGGCCAAGGAGGAGAUCUCCGAGUACCGCCGGCAGCUCCAGGCUCGGAACAUCGAGGUCGAGGCCCUGCGCGGCGCCAACGAGUCCCUCGAGAGGCAGCUGCAGGAGGCGGAGGAGCGGAGCACCGAGGAGAUCCGGAACUUGCAGGAGACUAUAAACCAGCUUGAGAACGCCUUGAGGACCACCAAGGGAGAGAUGGCCCGUCACCUGCGGGAGUACCAAGACCUGCUGAACGUGAAGAUGGCUCUGGAUAUUGAGAUUGCGGCGUACAGGAAACUACUGGAAGGAGAAGAGACGCGCCUGAGCACCGCCAGCAGUGCCAGCACCACCUUUGGCCUGGGCUACCCUUUCUCCUCCAGCCCCUUGUCCGGCUUCAAGGGCUUCUCGGCCAGCACGGUGGCCAUGAGGAAGGAGGAGAAGGGAGACCCCCAGGACAGCCCCAAGGAGUCCAAAGGCUCAGACGAGUCCAAGGCGGCCGAGGAAGAGGGUUCUGGAGACGAGGCGGCGGAGAAGUCUCCUCCAGGUAUUGUUCAGGAUGCAAUCGCAGUGGCCAUCAACAACGGCUACCGGCACAUUGACUGUGCCUAUUUUUAUGACAACGAGGGUGCCAUCGGGGAAGGCCUCCAGAAGGUUCUGAAAGAAGGUCGAGUGAAGAGGGAGGAUCUGUUUAUCGUCAGCAAGUUGUGGAAUAGUUUCCACUGUCCCGAAGAUGUGAAGCCAGCUUGCCUGGAGACUCUGAAGCUGCUCCGCCUGGAUUAUCUGGACCUGUAUCUGAUGCACUCGCCAAUGGGCAUCAAGAAAGUCGACGGAGAUCUCUUGCCACAGAAGGAUGGGAAGGUUUUGCACUGUGACGUUGAUUAUGUGGAUACUUGGAAGGCGAUGGAGAAGCUGGUGGAUGAAGGGCUGGUCAAGAGCAUCGGAGUGGCGAACUUCAACCAGUGCCAGCUGGAGAGGCUGCUCUCCGAAGCGAGAAUCAAGCCCGAUGUCCUCCAGGUGGAGCGUCACAUCUAUCAAACUCAGUGCAAGCUGAUUGCAUUCACCAGGGCCAAAGGGAUGGCUCUCACUGGCUACAGCCCGCUGACCUCCCCCAAGCGUCCCUUCCCUCCAGGUAAACUGGAUCCCAAGAAUGGCAUGGAAGACCCAGUGGUGAAGGAAAUUGCUAAAAAGCAUGGGAAAUCACCUGCCCAGAUUCUGAUCCGCUUCAACAUCCAGAGUGGCAUCGCCACCAUUCCCAAGAGCCAGACGCCUGCUCACAUCAUCGAGAAUUCAAAGGUCUUUGAUUUCUGCCUGACAGACGAAGAGAUGAAGAAGCUGGAGUCCCUCCACUGCGGGGCCCGAGCCGUUGCCUGGGACAUCUUGGGGAUGGGUACUCAUAAGCACUACCCCUUCUGCAAGAAUGAAUAAGUCUGCAAGCAACCACGCCCACCCCUCCCCACCCAAAAGGAACAGAAGCAGCUGCAUCAGCUUCUAAAUCCUGCUGUGUCUAAAUCCAGCCACAUGAAUGUUGCUAGCCCAAAGCUAAUUACGACUUGUCCUUCCUGCAUGAUGGACCAUCAGCCACAUGAGCCUCAGUGGGCCCCUGGCCAAAGGGUUUGUCUGCAAGGAGGUUUGGCAGGGAGUGGGCGUCGGAUGCCCUUUCAGUGUCCACCUGGCAUGGCAGGCUGGCUGUGCUAGGUCCUCAGCUCCACCCUGUUCACACCAUCGCAGAACUGGCGGGGAUGACCUGCUCCAUACGCGUCCUGCUGGAUCAGCCUCCACCGGAGGUUUUGAGGUGCUGAGAUCUGGAGGAUGCCUCCCAAGCAACAAGGCACCUGCCACUGACAUUCAUUGCAGCUUCGCUUGGCCUGAAGAUGCUUCACUUGACUGAAAGGCAAACCCAGAGCAGCGAGGAGGCACUCUCGCAGACGCACUUGGGGAAAUGUGUGCACAGGGAGGGCAAGUGGAAGUUCAAGACUGCUUCUGUCACUGCUGAGCUUGCUUGAUUUUUUUUUUUUUAAAUAACCGCCAAGGCCUCUGUAAACUGUGCAUGUUUGUGGGUUGGGGGACAUGUACAUGCUCUGUAUCUUUCCUUUCUGAGAGUUAGACUCUAAAUAAAAAGAGCUAUCCCAAAAGUGCAAGAA